AUCCACCCCAGGACUUUUGGUGACCCCGGGUUUGCACACAGCAGGUUCUUGGGAAUGCGCAGUGAGGCCCAGCCUCUCACCGGGCCCUGGUUUCUCUUUCAGAGCUUCCAGAACAGCAGCCAGAGCAGCGAUGGCCCCGCCCUGGGUGCCCGCCGUGGGCUUCACGCUGGCGCCCAGCCUGGGGGGCUUCCUGAGCUCCUACCACGUCCGCGGAGAGGGCCUCCGCUGGUAUGCCAGCCUGCAGAAGCCCUCGUGGCACCCGCCCCGAUGGACGCUGGGCCCCAUCUGGGGCACGCUCUACUCGGCCAUGNGAUACGGCUCCUACCUGGUCUGGAGAGAGCUGGGGGGCUUCUCGGAGGAAGCUGUGGUGCCCCUGGGCCUCUACGCGGGGCAGCUGACCCUGAACUGGGCGUGGCCUCCCAUCUUCUUUGGCUCCCGACAGAUGGGUGUGGCCCUGGUGGACCUCCUGCUGACGGGGGGGUUGGCGGCAGCCACCACCGUGGCCUGGCACCGGGUGAGCCCUCCGGCCGCUCGGCUGCUCUACCCGUACCUGUCAGAUGUGACCCCAAAUUAUGAGGAGCUCGGGGAGCUGAGCAGACAGCCGCCCGCCCGCCCUGCAGCCUCACCUGCGCACUCGCUGCGACUCGAUGUCCAACAAGCUCGGCUCCGCAGGCACCUAGCGGCCGUGAGCGCGUGGCGGGGCCCUGGGCGGCUCCCGCCGUGUUUCCGAGGCUCCGCAGAGCAGCGGGGUCGGGGGGACUGCACACCCACUGUGUCACUUGGUUCCGAGUUCUCCACCACGGGCACAGGGCACACGUGUCCGCAGACGCUGCGCGGCACUGCAGCACCCAUGGCUGCUGGAUCUCUCCCGUGA